AUGUCUCCCAGUACUCAACUUCCUGAAGAUUCACUGAAAAGGAAUGAUGUAAAAGUAAUGACGCCAACAGCCACUCUUUCCAAUAUUCCAUUACCAGGAACAGUUCCUCAGGAAAAGCAAACCCAUCUCUCUUGUGUGGCUAAAAUUGAUGAAGAAUAUGGAAAGGAAAUUCAAAACAAUUUCAGAAUAACUGAUGAAAGAAACCAGAGGCCAACUGAGCUCAACAUCUUCCCAACCAAGCAGCCAUAUAUCCCUUAUGCAUUGGCUAAAGCUUAUAUCACCAAGAAUGACUACAGCAGCAAGAUAAAGACACUAAGAGUGAGAUUUGAAGCAUACCAGGAGCAAGUCAACAAGAAAAACAGAGCCUGGAAAGACACGAAGAAGAUUUUGGAGGAGAAAACAGAUGAACUAAUGCAAGAAAAGGACAAACUCCUCCUCCAAGUUAAUCAAGAGAAAGAGAAAUGGGAAAAAGAAAAGAGUUGGCUUCUGGAAACUUUUGCUCAGACACUGGAUCUUCUACAUACUCACCAUUCUGUGACUGUACAAAAACUCAAGGCAACCAGACUGGCACUUGAAAAUAUUCAGGAGAUUUUGAAAUUUCCAAAUGUCCAGAAAAAUGAAAGCCUGUCAUCAGAGAAAGUUGUAUCCUGGAUUUCCAGCAUUGAAGCAGAGCCAGAAUUCACAGAUGCUUUUGAAAAAGGAAUUAGCAAAAUGGAGGAUCAAAGAAACUUGCUAUUGGAAGAAAAAAUAAGAAGAGCACUGGAGCUUCUGGAAAAAGUGAAACAGUCAUUACAAAAACAGGAAAGUGAGAUUGUUGACAUUAUUAAAAAUGGAAGUGAAUGCAGAGGAGUGGACAGCCUCAAGUCCCAACCACCAGGCUGUUAAACUUUUUAGUGAGCAAGGAUAUAGCAAAACCUCUCAAUCCAUGAUCUUAGGCAAGUGAAGACUCCCCCUGCUGGUGCAGAUUGCAAAUAACCCAUAAACGUCGAUCUU